AUGGGUGAUUUUCAUCAAUAUUUGAAGGAGAACUAUGCGUGUAUUGAAUUUGCUGAUGUUGGUGACGAAGAGAACGGUAAGGAGGAUCGUAUAACGUCGAAACUCUCCAUCGCGGAUUUAUUGCCCGAGGAAGCCAUGUGCAAGUCGACAUUUUCACGAAUCCUUCUCGAAUAUAUGCAGACGAUUGCCACUAAAAUGAAAUCUGAGGUGGUGACCACUGCUCAAUUCAUUGAUCAAAACCACCCCAAUGCUGUUUAA